AUUUUGAUUGGACCCUGCAGCUAAGUUUGACAGUAAAUUUAAUGGGCAUAUUCAUUGUUACGAGGUUUGUAAUGAUUUAUUAAACCAAUCAAUUGAAUUACUCGUUUUGACGAGUUAUGAUAAAUUUAAUUAUUUUCUUUUAAUAAUCUAAUCUUCUUCUUUCUUCGUGGACUUGAAAUUUUGUACAAGAUUUUAACAAGCAAAAAUAAAUAUUAAUUAAGAAAAAAAUGAGAUUACAUAAAUUCGAAUACGUCAUUUUUUAUUAUGACACAAAAUUACUAUUAAACCCAAAAAUUUGAGUUAAGUAAAUAUCGCCUUUUAUCACUACUUUGAUAAGAAAGAUUCAAUAGGGUAAUUCCCUAAGCAUGCUGAUAAAGCAUAAGACUAAUACAAAGCACAUUAAAAGCUACACCAACUCUUACCUACACUGAAAGUUAGCUACCAAAUCCAUAAUUUUUAGUGUCCUCUCUUUUCAAAAGACAUGACCAUUCUACAAAGUCUCCUCUAUAAAUAGUCACUACCCAUUUCAACUCCUUUCACAGCAACAUUCCAUGUUAGAGUUUUGGUCUUGAAAAGAUUUCAAAAUGGCCAAGCUUGUUUUGAGAUUUGUGUUUGUUCUUUCCCUUCUUGCCUUUGCUCCACUCUGUUUCUGUAGCAGAAUUAAUGGUGGCUUUGGGUCUCUGUACCCCCAAUAUUAUGACCAUUCAUGCCCCAAAGCUAAAGAAAUAGUGAAAUCCAUUAUGGCAAAGGCUUUUGCUAGAGAACCUCGUAUUGCUGCUUCUAUUCUUAGACUUCAUUUCCAUGACUGUUUUGUUCAGGGGUGCGAUGCAUCACUAUUGCUAGACAGCAGUGGAAGUAUUAGGAGCGAAAAGAAUUCGAACCCAAAUAAGAACUCGGCUAGAGGGUUUGAGGUGAUUGAUGAGAUCAAAUCUGCAUUGGAGAAAGAGUGUCCACAAACUGUUUCUUGUGCUGACAUCUUGGCUUUGGCGGCAAGAGAUUCCACUGUCAUUACAGGUGGACCAUCUUGGGAGGUUCCAUUGGGAAGGAAGGACUCAAGAACUGCAAGUCUGAGUGGCUCCAACAAUAACAUUCCAGCUCCAAAUAAUACUUUCCAAACCAUUCUCAAUAGAUUCCAAAACCAAGGACUUGACAUUGUUGAUCUUGUUGCCUUAUCUGGAGGCCACACCAUCGGAAAUUCAAGGUGCACCAGCUUCAGGCAGAGGCUAUACAACCAGAACGGCAAUGGAAAACCCGACAAAACCCUUCCGCAGUCGUACGCGGCGGAGCUCCGGAGCCGUUGCCCGAGAUCCGGCGGUGACAAUAACCUCUUUUUCCUCGAUUACGUCAGCCCGACCAAAUUCGACAACAGCUACUUCAAAAACUUAGUUGGUUUCAAAGGGCUUCUCAACUCCGACCAAGUUCUCCUCACCGGAAACGACGCGUCGGCCGCUUUGGUAAAGAAAUACGCCGACAACAGCGAGCUGUUCUUCGAGCAAUUCGCCAAGUCUAUGAUUAAAAUGGGUAAUAUUUCCCCAUUGACGGGCUCGAGUGGUGAGAUCAGAAAGACUUGCAGGAAGAUCAACAAUUAAAUUUUGUUGGGUUUCGUAAAUUUCCACAACCAAAUAAAUUAUUUGAAGAUUCGUGUCUGAUUUGAUAUGCCGCUUUUCUUUCCUCUUUAAUUUCGAAUUAGAUGUUUUGAUUUUGAAGGUUUGUGUGUUUGUCGACUGUCCAUUGGUCCCUAUGUAUUUGCUUAUAUAUAUAGACUUAAAAAACAUUAAUAUGCAAUCAUGUUAUUACUAA